GGAACCUGCGGGACCAGCGCUUGGCAGCCAUGAAGGCUCUCCUUUGGGAUGAGAAGAAGGGUGCCUGGUUUGACUAUGACCUUGAAAACCAAAAGAAGAACCAAGAGUUUUACCCAUCCAACCUUGCUCCCCUCUGGGCCGGCUGCUUCUCUGACCCAGGUGUCGUGGACAAGGCCCUGAAGUACCUGGAGGACAGCCAGAUCCUGACCUACCAACAUGGGAUCCCAACCUCUCUCAGGAAGACGGGCCAGCAGUGGGACUUCCCCAAUGCCUGGGCCCCCCUACAGGACCUGGUCAUCAGAGGUAGGAGGCAGGAUGGGCAUGUCCCAGGGCCUCACCCCGUGGAGGUACAGAGUGGGCCUCCCUAGUACUGGGGAGGUGUGAACAAAGGAUGUGGGGUCUUUCUCUGACUCCCCUGUUCUCUCAGCCUCCCAGUCAGCAAGCAUUUGCGUCCA